CCCCACCCAACCAACCCCAGCGCGGCAUGACGGCGACGUCCAGGGCCCCGCGGCGCCCCCGCUUCCGCGCCCGCGGCCCGCCGCCGCCGCCGACGAGCGCGUCCUCGCUGAGUUCCUCGAGGCCUCCCUCCGCGUGCCCGACCUCGCGCUGCCCCCGCCGCGGAAGCGCUUCAGCUUCGCGCCCGCGCCCGCGCCCCUUCAGCUUCGCGCCCGCGCCCGCGCCCCUGCCGCCGGCGCCGCGCGAGGUCUCCUCGCAGGCCCUCGCCUCAGGCGACGCGGGCGCGGCGCUGCUAGCGGCGGAGUCCGGCGCGUUCUCCGUGGCCGGCGCGGUCGACGCCCGCGAGGUGCGAGAGGCCGUGGAGGCGUCAGGGGCGGUGUUCGCGGCGGCGGAUGAGGUGAAGCGCGAGCAGCUGGGCAGGUGGUUCCGGAGGAGGGGUCCGGUGGCCGGCGUUGAGGAGUUCUGCUGGUUCCGGCCGGUGAGCGCCGACGAGGAUCGCGAGCUGGGCGCGGCCUUGCCCGGCUACACGUAUCGGGUAUUCAGGGAGAAGAUGGACCCUGUCGCGUCAAAAAUGGAGAACGUUGCGAAAAAUUCGAUCAGGCUUCUAUCUGAUAGUGCCAAGACUCCUAAAGACUCUGCUCUGUCCAGAGAAGCCUCGUCAAUCCUGUGCCUGACACUGUACAAUACUAGCAAGUCGAACACAAGUCCGAACGAGUUUGGCAGCACUGAUCCUCGUAACUCACAGGCUUUGAGCAUCCACCUCUCUGGAGGCGAUCGACAGAUUUGUCUCCGGAACCAAGGCGGCUCGAGCGUUUUCAGUUUGCCUGCAGGCUCUAUGCUCGUCACCAUCGGCAAGCAGAUUCAGGAAUGGUCCAAUGGGCAGUUCAAGACCGCUGUUGGCGAGGUACUGUUUGAGAUGACCGAUGGACCAGGCCCCUUCGUCUCCCUGGAACUCGUGUACUCUCCAGACGACCUGCAUCUUUCUGAGGCUGGCCGGCAGGCCAGGUGCUUUGACCAUCCGACGAUCGUCUCCUUUAGGGACCAGAUACUGGUUGCUCUGAUCCUGCUGUUUUCGUUCUACCUCUUCUGGCGCUGAGUGCAUCCGGCGUCCGUUGCAAAAUGCAAAUGCCCGAGAUAAGCUUAUUUUUACAGAACAGCUUUCUUGGCCCUAACCACCUGCCCUUCUCCAUUGGUUGAUUGUGGAGAUUGUGGAAACACCGCAUGGGUUGCGGUGAUCACAGGUGGUUUGAAUGUUUUGGUUGAUUCUUAUUCCUUUUUUUUCUUGAGGAAUAAAAUACACACAAUAAAAUUUUUAACACUGUUUUUUAGCUCCUCCCAUUUGAAGUGUUAGGGGAUUGGCUUUUUUUUUAUUGAGGAUGUUGCCGUUGCGAUUGAGGUGGUGCAUGUUGCUAUGGAGGUGGUACAUCAGGAGCAGAGUUUGGUUGGUUCUCUUUUGUACUGAACUAUGGAUGCAGUGGUAGUAUAUGGGUCUCCUCUUGUGGGUUUGCAAAUUUGUAAUGUAAUUUGUAAAAGCCAUUAGAUGUGUUGGGUCUUGGGUGUACCUGAAAGGAAGCUUGUAAUUAUUUUUCUAGUGAAUAAAGAAGGAUGCAUUUACACUACAA